AUGAAAUUCCUCCGUGCUGCGUUAACUGCGCUUCCAUUUGUCCUGCCGGUUCUGGCGGCCAACAGCUUUGCUGGCGCCAACAACUACUACAUCUGGGCGCUGCCCACCGCCGACCGUAUUGCGAUCCUCGACGGGAUGCAGGCCGCGGGAAUGAAGGUCCUGCGAACAUGGGUCACGGGCGUGGGUGCGGGGCAGAAGAACAGCAAUAACGUCGCUGGCAAGUCCUUCAAGUUGGUGUCGUCGGAACAGGAUGCGGGAUUGACUUUGCGAUUAGUUCCGGACCUCGAGGCGAAUGGCAUCGGCAAAUACGACGACACUGUGUUGAACCAUAUUGACCAGCUCAUGGUCGAUGCGCAUGCGCGCGGCAUCAAGCUCCUUAUUGGCAUGUACGACCAGAACGCACUUCGCAAUAACGACAUCUACGCGCGCACCUACGGCGUCAGCGGCUUCUACACCAAUCCCGACGCAAUCAACGCGUUCAACCAACGCAUCACACACAUCCUUAACAUCCACAAGAACGCGCUGCUGAGGAACCAGGCGUGGUCUUUUCUGGGCGCGUACAUCUUCGGGCUCGAGGCGCAGAACGAGCCCAUGAUUUGGGACCAAAGUCUCUAUCUCAGCCAUCUUUCGUGGGUCUGCGCGUCUGCGCUGCAGAUCAGGAAUAACGUCGGAGAUCGGAAUCAGCUCAUAUUCACGGGCGGUGGGGCGGCAGCGUCCAGCGUCCAGUCCGCAUUCUUUGCGAGCUCAUGCGCCGUCGACGUCGUGGCCGUGCACGACUACAACGACGACUACGACUCGUUCAUGUCCUCCGCCGUGAGCCAGGCCAAGGCCGCGGGCAAGAAGCUCCUCGUCGAGGAAUGGGGCUCGCUCGUCGGCAGCGGGCGGACCGCGAACCUGCAGUCGAAUGUGCAGAAGAUAAACAGCUACAAGGUGCCCUGGCUGUACUGGGAGGUCAUCAGCAACGCCGACCCGCACCAGGGCGAGGACUACGAGAUCCAGGUGAACGGUGCGGACUGGGGCACGCUGUCGAGCGCGUCGCAGAGCACGGCGGGCAUAUCGGGAGCGGCGUUCGAUUUCAGCGCGUCGCUGGCGUUGUGA